AUGCCGCUCGAGUCCGAGAACUUCGAGCCCCAGUUCUUCGCCUGUCCAUGUGAUCGGCCCGCGCCACGACUGAGGAUCGUCAUCGCCAUUUCGGGGAGCAUCAGACAAGCAAGGCAGGCUGGCGUGCCCACAUCUGGAGAAGGCAAAGAGGACGAGGAGGAUGGAGCCAUGGACCUGAUCCUGAGCGUCAUGGACGAGGGCUACCACCUGGGUUCCGCGGUGGCGGCCCUCGUGGUCAUCGUCCACACCGUCUACCUGGGCCUGGAGAGCGUGGACGAGGUGACGAGCCUCGUCCAGAAGUGUCUCCUGCUCCACUUCCACGUGGUGCGGCUCAGGCCGGGCUCUGGCGUGUUGCUCGAGGUGGCCGUCUGGCUCCUGGACAUGGCCUUCCACAUGUGGUUCCUCCUGCUGGAUUGCACGCGAGUCGUUUCCAGCUUCUAUUUCAACAGCAAACCACUGCAUGUUCUGCACUGCGCCAUCCUCUUCCUAUUCCACCUGCAGAUACUCAGGCGCUACUGCACGGGCAUCCACGUGACGGUGGACAACGUGAUCGGCGACGACGCCAACGCACCGCAGGUGCCGGCCGACGUGGUCGCCGGGGUCGCCGAGGUCCCGGCCGUCGAGGGCGCGGCCGCCGUCGCGGCGCGACGCAUCGACGUGGACGCCGGCGAGUCGUCGCUGAUGCCCGGCUCGCAGUCGUCGGCCACCAAGCUGACCUCGCAGUCGGCGCCCGUCGCAUGCAGCCACGACGAGCUGUCGCUGGACUUCAUCAGGGCCGAGUCCGAAAGCUCGAGCCCGGCGUGCCGCUGUUUCCGCCACCAGGGGCUAGACGGCGCCUCGUCGCAGGCGGAGGACCUGCAGGCGUGCCGCCUCGGCUGCGGCUGGUCGCUGGACCGCAGUGCGCACACCGAAUCGGACGGUGGACCGACCGCCAACAAGCCGCCGCCGCUGGACGCGGCCAUGUUCCUCGAGGGACCGCCGGCGUCCGCGUGCUUGAGACGGCGCAAGAGUGCCGUCAUCGAGCCGCAGCCGCAGCCGCAGCAAGCCAGCUAGGUGGCGCCGCGACGACGCUUCGCAAGAUGGCGCCGUUGGAGCGGAAUCGCACGCGCGCCGGCGCCAGCGCCCUCUACAAAAUUCGGACAUCUAGCCACCGCCCCGCUGUGCAAAGUUAUCGCGACCGACGGUUGCUCUUUUUUUGGCUGAUUCGAUAAAGGCGUGCCCAAGAUUUCGGCGCGCAAUCGAGCACGAUUCGGAAACCCAGCUGCAACAUAAAACAGCGACGCUUCGACGUCGCCUCGCGUGUUCUUAUGAAACGGCCGUAAGCGAUUCGCGCUUGCGCCCGAGACGCUUGCAUGUUCGUGAUCGGAGACCGGUAUCGAUGGAAUGUGAAGAAGAUUAAAUUUUAGAUAAACGCGCUUUCA